AUGCACAUGGGACCGAUCGGCUCAAACCCAGUCGCCUGGAAUAUUGACAUGGCGGGAUGGAUCCGUCAUCCACGAAUGGACGUGCACAUCCCGCAUCGCCCAUCGCCCAUCGCCCACCGCCCGUCGCAAACGGUGCCGCUCCCAGCUUGUUCCCAGCCCGAUUCGAUGCUGGCUCUGUCACUCUGGCCGCCGUCCAACCGGGAUGACAAGAAACGCCGUCCUCUUCCGUCUCGUCCCCGGGACCGGGGGCAAGCCCUGUUGGCUGGUGGCCCUGUUCUCCUACGACUACUUAACCCAAAUCCCUUCAGUCAGGAUACGGGUUUGUUGAUGAGGGGACCCUGGGCCUAA